GAAACGAUCGCUCCUUGCUUGUCGUCCUUUGUACCCCCCCCGCAACCUCACGUUUUCCGGCUCCGACCGUUGGCUCGAUCCUUGCAGACAUCUCGAUUUUCGGUUCCUACGAUUGGAUGUUGUAUUUGCUUUCCUGCUGCUUCUUCUCGCAAAGCUUUCGUCGACGUGCAGUGCUCUACCUCCUGUGAUAGGUCAUGUGUACAACACAAUUGGACCUUGGCGCGACGAUAGUGGUACACGCUCAUUUCACCAGAUACAAGUGAUUCCGGCAUCCGCCCCUCUCUCAAAAUGGUGAAGGCGGACGUGCGGAGGGAUUACUAUGCGGACUUGGGUCUCACGCCGAGCGCAGAAACCGAUGAUAUCAAGAAACAGUUCCGAAAAUUAGCUCUGAAAUACCACCCGGAUCGGAAUCCUGGUAAGGAAUUGGAGUUCAACUCCAAGUUCCAGGCCAUUCAGGCCGCCAAUGAGAUUCUCAGUGACCCCCAGCAACGGCUGAGAUAUGACACGGAUCGGUUGCGCGCUGGCUACGGAAAACUUUACGGACCUCCCAAAGCCAACACGGCUCGAAAAGCACCUCCGAACCCCUACGCCUCAUAUUCUCCGAAACCUCAGCCCCCGAAACCUAGUUCGUUCUCGACACGGCCCCAGUCUUUCCACAGCAGUCCCUCUACUGGUGCCCAGCGUUAUGCGAGCUAUGCACGGGCGGCUCCGAAACAACCUUGGGAGAAGAUGCAAGAUGAGGGACAGACCCGAGCCGAUGCAUAUAGGGGAUUCCAGGAAAUGAAAGGCAACGCGAUGCCGGGCGGCUGGUCUUCCUUCGACCCCCGCACUGGGCAUAGCGGCGCAGGAUCUAGAUCCCACGCCACCGCCAAUGGGCAGACACCAAGGCCCAAAACGGCCUACGAGUACUUUAAGAAGUCUCCCAAGACGACUAGCCCCGAACCUACUCGUUCGCAGUCAACGAGGAAGAAGCAAGGAUUCGCCCCGCGGGCUGCUGGUGGCGACGAACCCAUGGCCGCAAAUACGUCCGCCUAUACGAGUGGGCCCCGGGCGGAUCGCUCGCAAACGCCAAAUUCAUUCUACGCUCCAGCUCCGUCACCGACGGCUCGAAAAGCCGCGGCAGCUGCUCGGGCCGAACAUGCAAGCACGCCUGAUUUUGAACGAGCAAGCAGUCGAUAUGCCACUGCCGGUGGGGAGCGAACGUUCUUUUCAAGCGCUGGACUCGGACGUUCUGCCAGCAUGCGUGAUGCUACUUCCAGCCCUCAGCCCCGUCCGAGGACCAACCCGCCCAGCCCGACUCCUCCUGAGACUGGAAGACAUCGGAGCGCCAGUCCAAAGCUGAAGAGGGACAACAAUCGGAAUUAUUCUUCUACGAGCUCAAGUGAUACGGAAGAUGACUUUUUGACGCGCAAGCCCAAGGCGGUCCCUAAGAGCAGGCUCCGCACCCAUAAGAGAUUCAACGACUUGCAUACCGAAGAUCGGAACACUGGAACUGGCCCUGAUCCUGCGAAUACUGGUCCAACCAAGAAUGUAUUCGAUACGUCUGCAUUCUUUGGAGAUGGAAGUCCCCUAAAAGCUUCUGGUGCCCCCAGUGCGGAAGCGAACACUCCGAACAGGAACUUCAAGAGCAGCAGUCAUGAGCAGUUACGGCAGCCAUUCGCUGCAAGGAGCUGGGAACACACCGAUUUUUUCGGUACUACACAGUCGGAUAAAGAAUCGCAAGAUACACGUGCGCGCGGGCGGAGUGCGGAUCGAAACAUCUUUGACCGAACAGAGCGUUCUGGUGCUUCGAACCUCGACUCCGCUCGUUCAGAGUCGGGGUCGUCACAACAGCCAACACCAUUUGCCCAGGCCAAGUUUUCUGCCGAUGCUUGGAUCGAGGAGCUGCGAAAGACCAAUAUCUCAUGGAACCUUCCCACCAAUGACAGCUCCAAAGCCAAACCGGCAACCGCAUCACAGCGCCAGAAGAGUCCCCGAAAGCCAACCAGGUCUACUGCCCGACCCCGGCCUGCCCCGCAACAAGCCAGUGUGGCGACAGAGGCCGAAGAAGCACAGACGACCAUGAAUGGGGAUAACAAUCAGGAGCCAGCCAAGGCGGGUGACGCUGAUGCCGAAGCCAUGGAUGUUGACGCUUCUCCGCCUGUCAAGGCCACUGGACCAACUGCCGAGCCAGAAAAGACCGGUACUGAGCAGAAGGGGAUGCCACCGCCGAAAUUGAAACCGUCUUCGCGGAGGAGAGCGAAGGGGCACAAUUCGAAGUCGUUUGAUUUGAAAAACCUUGGCAGCACAAUGCCCUUCACGCAGAACAACAAUGGCGGCAUUGACGACUUGCAGGACAUCCAUGCCACGCUUCCAUUUGAGUCCCGUCCCAAGGCUUCUAGGACAACAGUGCGUGAUGUCCGCCCCCGUCAAUUGUCCUUGCCGAACCCACCGAAACGGCCGAAUCCACCGGAACUGGUUCCCAUCAGUGCGGGCUCCCAGCAGCUUGGGAUGCCUCGGGCUGCGUGGGAGCGCUACGUGGCGGAGAUGAACACCUAUAUGCGCGAAUGGAACCGAUUCAGUCGCAGUAUCCUACGCCACGUGAAUGCGCGCCAAGAAGCCAUCGAGUCGGGUAUGGCUCCAAACUGGGUCAAUGCCGUUGGAGACUCGGUCCGCCUGAAGGUGGACUCGCUGGACCAAGACGAAGGGGAAAAUAAGGAACCCGAAGGAGACGAGCUCGAGGAUAGCAUGGUGACCGGCAACGCUAAAGCCGGAUUCAGCGCCUAUAUCCGUGCAUUCGAUGAAGACACUACGGUCAUGAAGCACUGGGAAGUCGCGCGGGAAUUGCACCGGGAAUGCAUUGUCAAACUGGGAGACACGCGCCAAUGGAUUCUGGACGGCGGCAAGUUGAUCUAAAGAGAGAGGAGCAUGGCACGAUAGGCGUUGUGUGACGGCCGAUUUGCAUUGGAAGGGCGUUGGCGUAGGUGGCUACUCUAUUAAGGCAUUGGAGGAUGUUAUCCAUGUAUCAUAGUUCACUCAUGGUCAUGAACUCAUUCAUCUAGCAA